UGCAUCGUAACCCCAGCAGCCCCAGCCAUGGCUGCUUGUCGACUUCCGCCAUCCCGAGGCCGGUCUGGCGUAGUCUGACGGACCGUUGGACGGAUUGGACAGACUGACAGACUGACUGACAGACUGACAGAUAGAUUGUUGACGUCUCUGAUGGCUGAGUGCAGGGCCACAUCAAGGGCCACAGUCUCCGAAGCCCCAUGUCAAUGUCAGGCGGGUGGCCCCGCUGCCGAGCGUCACAUUCCCCCAUCAGAGGAAGGAACAGGAUACCGUUACCUAGAUAUCAACCAGAGCAGCCAGCCAGCCAGCCAGCCAGCCAGCAGCGCCAGCGCCAGCGCCAGCACAAAGUCCCUCAGUCCCUGUCAUAAGCCUGCACUCGACGUCCAAUUCGCCUUUUCCCCGCGUCAACUGCUUCACCUCGCUCACCCUUGGAUCCUUGGACCUUCCUCCCCUUCAGCACAGCUGACCUGACCGACCCCCCCUCCCACCCCCUCCACCCCUGCCCUGCCAGCCCUCCAGCCAACUAGACGCGGUACCGAUAACGUUGUUCUGCUGCUGCUGGCUGGCUUCCGCUGCCACAACCGUCGAGUUCCAAGGCCACACACGGCCGCGGCCGACUGCCACUCCUCACCAUCGCACCGCCAGCCCAAAACCUUGCGAGUCCUUGCCCAGGUGACCGGCCACUGCAGUGACUGCCUCCCGUCUGAACUUCCCAGGCCUGAAGUCUGACGGCAGACUAACUUUCUUACCAUCACACCACCGUCGCAUCCAUCGACAAAUCACUCGGCACAAGAUCACAAUCCCGUCCACGAUCGCCAGAGCUUGACUCGAUUACCUACCUGGUCUAGUCUCGUCUGGUCUAGCCCAUACCACCCUCGCCCUGUGCCCGCCGUCAUAAUCCUAUUCCCACCAGACAGACCUUCCGCAAUACGGCGCCGCCCAUUCACUUGCGAUCCCGACACAAUCCUGACCUCCAACCACCGGCAGUCUCACCUCAUCUUGCUCUGGUUUGUUUCUACUGCCCCCCUUAAAUCAGUCACCCUCUCCCGCCUGGCUUCGCACUCCCAAGACGAGUCCAACAAUCCCCCGCCGGGAGCCUUCUGCGACUACAUUUGCCCGGGAAGUGGGCAGUGCUCUCCCAGCCGGAGUCGUCGAGGAGGGGCUUCCACCGUCGAGCAUUUCCUUGUCGGCUGCGAAUGCGACCAGCCCAGCAAUCUCCUGGCUAGUCGACCGACAUGUGGUCUGACGAGUCAGACCGGCCUCACAACUCCUUGUAUUACGGGAGCAUCGGCGAGCCGUCGUCCUCGUCCUCGUCCUCGUCCUCGUCCUCGCCCGUUCCUCCUUCACAGUCGACGGCCGCUGUCGAUCACGGCCUCAAGGCGACUGCCUCCGCCUCCGCAUCCGCCUCCGACUUUGAGCACUAUCUGCACGCCUCCUCCUACGACCGCGAGCCGUCCGACUAUGACCACGACUCGGAGCGUCAUCUGUCCUUCCUCCACUCAGCCGACACCCAGUCCCAGGCCGACGACAUGUCCGACGACCAUGACAUGGACGACGGCGGCGCGCCCGUUCAUUACGGAGACAUCGCCAACAUCUUGACCCAAGGCAUGGACGUCGAUUAUGACUCCGACCAUGACGACGACAUCAGUGUCUCACACGCUGUCCUGGCCGGCCUCCCCUCCCCUCCCCCUCUGAUGAAUCCAGUUCCGCACUAUGCCGCCUUCCAAGCCCAAUACGCUCUACAAUAUCCGGGCUCCAUACCACAUACCCAUCCUGCUGUCACCAUGCAACAACCACCACAACCUCCUCAUGGCCCACCAGAAGACGGCCAUGAAGCGAACAACGACAUCGCGCAUCACGUCCCCCUGCACCACACCCAGACAGCGCACACAAACCUGAUGAAUAACCCGAACACUGUCGCACUCGGGCCUGAAAACUAUAACCUUGCCGAUUUCAUCCGCGUUUGGGCAUGGCAGAAUGGAGUAUGGCAGGGGGUCUCGCGGGAACGUGGCCGAUAUCCAUGGUUGGACAGGAUCAGUCCCCAGAUUUCCAAGGAUCUCUCACGGGUAGAAUACAACGAUCUUGAGGGAGACAGCUGCGACGUCCAGGGGAUGAACUGGGACGACUUGGGGGUCACAAGAAGCGAGGCUCGGGAGCGGCGAUUACUCACAUACAAGAACUAUGUCAACAUACCGCGUUCUGACCGAUGGCAGGAACACCAUGAUGCUCUACCAUGCACCGAAAACUAUUUCAGGUUCCGACGCCUGAACGUACGGAAAAACGUCAACCUUACUCAUUUCCAGCUGCGCAAUGUGUUGGCAUCGACCUCCAGGAGCCAAGUUUUCUAUCCUAGUCAAAUGGCGGUUCACCAGUUUAACCCCGUCUCCGGCAAGGGCAAAAUUGCGAUGAAAGCCCAGGAUACACCACAUUUACAGGUCUCGACUCUCGCCGCAGAAUACGGUACACUGGUGGCGGGUGGGUUUCUUGGCGAGUACUGCUUCCGUCGGCUGGACUCGGAUGACGACGACGGCGACGCACAGGUCCAUGAGGGAACUAUCACAAAUGACAAUAGCGGCAUCACCAAUCAUGUGCAGCUUCACUUGUCCCGAAAUUCGUCCAGUCCAAGGGCUGCAUUCGCUUCCAACGACAAAGGCUUCCGUGUUCUAGAUGUCGCGACGGACAAGUUUGUCUCGGACAUGACUUUUCCGCAACCCAUCAACUGCUCUGCUAUUUCCCCGGACUGUCGGCUACGAGUUAUGGUCGGUGAUCAGCAGCAGGUCUUCAUCACGAAAGCAGAAGCCGAUGGCCAACCUGAAAUACUGCAGUGUCUCGAAGGCCACGAGGAUUUCGGGUUUGCAUGCGAUUGGGCGGACGACGGCUGGACCGUCGCAACUGGCUUCCAGGACAAAUCUAUCAAGAUCUGGGACGCCCGCCGCUGGACCAAUAGCCGCGGAAUUGCUACGCCCGUCUGUACACUGCGAUCUGAAAUGGCAGGCGUCCGAGCGCUGAAGUUCUCGCCCGUGGGGUCCGGGAAGCGCGUGCUGGUUGCUGCAGAAGAAGCAGACUUUGUCAAUAUCAUCGACGCGCAGACCUUCCAGGCGAAACAGACUUUCGACUUCUUCGGAGAGAUCGGCGGUGUUUCCUUCGUCAAUGAGGGGCAAGACCUCCACGUCCUGUGCUGCGAUCGUGUCAGGGGUGGACUUUUCCAGCUCGAGCGAUGCGGAGUCGGCGCCGAGAGGAAUUACGACCUCGAUGAUCCAAGGCAUAGGCCGUAUGACCGGUGGUGGAAGAACACCACUUACGACUGGCACGAAUCGGGGACCUCACCCAGGCAGAUAAAAAGGCACUCUGACAAUCGAAGGAGACGCCGUGCCCUGGCUCUGGAGCCCCUGACGCCAUUCUGAGUCCAGGCCGAGCACAUCCGGCAAGACUCUUUUUCUAUAUAAUUGCCAACACUCAUGAUACCCUUCGAAAAUUUUCGAAACCCUCCCGAAGCGGCAGAAGCCGCGUCUCACCCAGCAUUAUUACACGACCUUCAGCAUUGCAUGAACGAUUCGACGGGAGUUUCGGGCAUUGGGAGCGUUCGAUCUCAGGCACGAUCCAACGUGGAAACAUUUCUGCAGAUUCUCUGUUGUGCUUUCCUAGCUUUUUGUGUCCAUGGAAAGAAGGCGCACCCAUCCGUGUUUCAUCUAACGACCUAGACGGUUCCGACAAGUUAUUUCUUCUACUGCAUGUUCGGAAAGACAUUCACUUCUUCGUUUCCUCUAUAUUAUGACAGGCUGGCGGGAAUCAAAUGCCGCUGUGACGUCACAAAUUACUAUAGGAACAAACGUUUUGAUACAAAUUAUAAGCAAUUCAAGUCCUGGAAGGCCGUGGUUGUCAUCAAAGGACAGGGGCAUUAUACAUUCAGUAUUGAAUAGGACCAAGCACUAACAAGAGGGGCAUUCGCACCCAUUUGCAUAUUCUGUCAACAACCUUUGUGACUUGCGAGAAAGACAAACAAGUCUCAGGCAGGGGCUUCUUGCGUCAUGUUGUAUGCUGCAUAGCCACUACACCAACAUUGCGAUCUUACAUCACAGCAAAUUACAGCGGGAGGCGCUUGUGCGCAUACGAAGAGACAGACGGCUCCACAGCAAUUGCAAAGCAUGUGUUACGGUGAGGCGCAACAUUUGGAUGUGCUGCUGUUGUUCCUCUUGGCGAGACAAAAGAAGCACAUCAGGAGGCGCACCGUGGUUGGUUCGUCCGGGUACUUGGGCUCGCACGUGGCCACUCUUCUCCCUUGAAGCUGCAGGGGCAACCACGUCUAAUCAUGAGCACGGCGCCUGGGCCCGGAUGAUAGAGACAGCACAGCCAUCUUGGGUCGGUGACGAGGAAAAGACAAAGACAUGAUGUGUGAGGACUUGCAAGCCU